AUGGCCCUGCGAGCGUAUGGCAACUGGCUGUUUUGCAAUGGUGGGUCGCUGCAUAGCUUGCGGCAUACCUUGCUGGCUUCGCAGAGAAAAUACCUGAACUUGAGGCCCUUCUCCAAGGUUGUCUGGGAGCUCAUCACGAGGUGGGAGCACGCUGAGCCACCUCAGCACAGGACGCCGAUCCCUGAGCCCGUCCUGAAAGCUAUUGUGACUUUGGCUUGGAUGCAAGGUUUUCGGUACUUUGCGGGCAUUACCCUGCUGGCUUUCUAUGGGCUUGGCCGGAUCGGCGAGGUGCUACAGUGCAACCGCGGAGACCUGCUCCUCCCCAACGACGACCUUUGGAACCAGAGUUCACAAGUCUUUUUGAGGUCUUCGGUCAGUGCUACAAGAACGAGCCCCUCUUCGGCUUCUGCUUACCGCUACAGGUGGAACGUGCUCUUGAAGGAGCUCGGGCUGGAGGCAGAGCUGCGCCUCACCCCAGGUGGGCUUCGCGGCGGAGGUGCCGUCGAAGCCUAUCGCAAGGGCGUGGCGGUGACCGAGAUCCAGUGGAGGAUGAGAUUGAAACACCUUCAUACCCUCGAAUUCUAUCUGCAAGAGCUGGGCGCUGUCUCUGCAUUGGCGGCUUUGAACAGCGUGGCCUCGAGAAGGAUCAAGGCCGCGGCCGCCUGCUACGACAUCCUGGCUCGGCGUGCUCGCCGUACCCGGCUGGCCCUUCCUAUGGGUGGAAAGUACAGUUCGCUGUGGCGGUUGCCCUUCUCCGAGGCCUUCUGCUUCGCCGCCUGGCGGCUGCCUUCCAGGGCCCUGGCUUUUAUCGGGUCCUUUGCUCCUAGGCUUGAAAGGUUGGAGGCUGAGGUUGCAUAUCUGCGGGCCGAAGUUGCCGAGCUGCGGGCUCUCUUAGGAGUUGAGCAAAACGACGGCUACGAGGUGGUGCCUGCAACGCCCCCUCGAGCAGCUCCUGCUAGAGGUUCCCAGCCUAGUGCAGAGCCGAGCUCCGAGUUGCGUGCUGCUAGCCCUUCACUUGUGUCGGGCUCUUUGCGUGGCUCUGUGCUUGUUACCCCGGGGGAGACCGAUCCCUUGCAGGGCCUUCAGGCCCCCGAGCCGGGCGUGCCCGAGCUGCCUCGCUCGCAGCGAGAUCAGGUGUGCGUGCGCAUUGGACAGUGGAUCGCAGCCUCCUUGGCAGGACAACACCGAGGCGCCUCAGGUCGAGAUCAGAUCCCUCAAGGCUCCAAGGUCUGGGUUGUCUUCCGAACUUAUCACGGGGUCGACUGGAACCCGCCGCGAGCCUUCUCUACUUUUUGUGCCGCCAAGGUGCAUUGCAAGCAAGGCUCCCUUUGCGGCGAGGCCGUUUUUAUUGGCCUGCCUAAUCGUGCUGACGUGCUUGCUGUUUGCCGUGCGGCCGGGCUUCCC